GGCGAGCUGCCUGCUGCGCUGACUCGGCAAUACUUCUUUGCCACAGCGCAAGUCGACGCAUUUCUCUUCGAGUAUGCGCCAACUUUAAGGCGACAGACGCUGAUAGCUAACAUCAUGAUCCUUGGGAGGUCUUCUAGAAAUACUAUCAACAUAUGAUAGUACACCAUGAUGAUGAUCGAUCCCUGGGAGGUGGAGGUCUCCUUACUCUUCAGCAUCCUCCUACAACGAGCAUGAUUCUUCUGCAAGGGGAUAAACCUCAACGCCAUGUUGUAUGGUGCUUGAGAGGUCUUCUUUUGGAAUUGGGGCUUCAACAAGAGAAAUAUGAUCCUCCAAGGGCAAGGAUAUUUCAUCACACUCAAAGUAAGAGAUGCAGAUGAAUGAUAUCGAUUUAUACGAGCGCGGUACUAGCUCUAAUAACGCUGCUUUUCGACACGGGACCAAAGCUGGUGCUCAGUUGGUCCGACUUCUUGUAUCGAUUAAGGCCCACCCUAAUUCAUCUCCAGGCGCAUCUUGGAGACCUGUCGCAUAAGGGGAAAAGAGGGCUAAGAUGAAUACCGCAAUGGAUAAGGGUGAGCUCUAAGUCGAGAAGUCUACACGGAUUCAGCACUGCAAGUAUUUGUGGAUUUGUGGACAUCGUUGCUGUCGCAUUUAGUAGUGUUGAGUCUUUUGUACUACCUUUGGCGACAGGGAGUGGUGUCGUCUACGCUUAAUUCGCGGAGUGCAGCCGGGUCCCCUGGACGAGUAGGCUCAAUAUUAGUAAGGGUUCCCAGCACAUUGCAUCCUUCACUAAACACAUCCCUGACUCUUUUUUCAGUAGGAAAGAAGUCAGCAGGGAUGUUCUGGGGAAUGUAAUUCCGUAACCUCUAACAGUAGGAAGUGGAACAAGUUUUGGAACAACCACA